GCGCGGUGAAGUGUGAGCGCGAUUGAUCGACCCAAGGCGAUUGUUGAAUUCGGCAAGUCUAGUGUCCGACUAGGACUAACUUGUUCUACUGUUUUCGUGGCGUUGGUUAGGGGUGGUGCUCAUGGAGGUUCUCCACCGGCCGGUCUUCGUGGUCGUUGUGGCUCAGCGAAGGCAAAUUUUUCAGGCUGGAAUUUUUCUUUUAUUUCUAUUAUCCUGCGUAUCCAGCCAACUCGAUUUACCUUCUCAAAAUGAUGGAUUUGACCAAGAUAGAUAUAGUCAGGAUAGAUAUAAUCAAGAUAAUUUAAAUCAGGAUCGCAGGCAAUUCCAAAAUAAUGAUGAUCGUAGAACAUUCCAAACAAAUGAAGAUCCUCGACAAUUUCAAACGAAUGAGGAUCGAAGAAAAUUCCAAACCAAUGAAGAUCGCCGACAAUUUCAAACGAAUGAAGGCGACUACAGGAAUAUUUUAGCAAAAUUAGACUUUUCGGGGGCUGAACGUUGCAGUGCGAAUGUUGCCGCCCAAUGGAAUUAUGAAACGAAUGUCAACGAUUAUACACAGCAGCAGGCGCUGGUGGCUCAACGAGUCUAUGCAGAUUUUCAAAAUCAAGCCUGGCAGUUAAUCAACAGGUUAGAUGUAAGAAAUAUCAGGGACCAAAUUGUCAGACGGCGUCUUAGAUUUUUAGCAACCGUGGGACCAGCAGCCCUGCCAUAUGAUCAGUUAGACAGGUACAACCGCGUUAUCAACGACAUGCUUGUUAUUUACAACAGUGCAUCGAUAUGUGCCUAUAAUGACCCAUUUCGUUGUGGAUUAAGGCUUUAUCCAGAAAUCUCGCAAAUCAUGGCCAAAAGUCGAAACUGGGAUGAGCUGCAAUAUGUGUGGCUAGAAUGGAGGAGACGCAGUGGCAUAAAAAUGAAAGAUCUUUAUACGCAACUGGUCCAGCUGAACAAUGAUGCCGCACAAUUCAAUAAUUUUACCGACGCGGCUGAAUUAUGGAUGUUUCCGUAUGAGACACCUGACUUCCAGCUAGAAGUUGAUCAAGUCUGGGAAAAUAUUCGCCCCCUCUACGAAGAAUUGCAUGCUUAUGUCAGGAGAAAACUGCGAGACCUCUAUGGACCUGAAAAAAUCAGUGGUCAAGCUCCUCUUCCAUCCCACAUUCUCGGCAAUUUAUGGGCGCAAUCAUGGUCCAAUAUCGUUGAUAUCACCCUACCUUACCCAGGAAAACAUUAUUUGGAUGCUACUCCCGAAAUGAUAGCACAAGGGUUUACACCGAUUGACAUGUUCCGAAUCGGCGAAGAUUUCUUCCUUUCGCUAAAUUUGAGCGCCAUGCCUCCAGAAUUCUGGGCCGGAAGUAUAAUAGUUGAACCUGGUGAUCGACCAAUUAUUUGCCAAGCUUCUGCCUGGGAUUUCUGCAAUCGGCUUGAUUAUAGGAUUAAGAUGUGUACGAAGGUCACCAUGAAGGAUUUGAUUACGGUGCACCAUGAGAUGGCCCACAUUCAAUACUUUUUACGAUACAGCGGACUUCCUCGUGAGUUCCGUGACGGAGCUAAUCCAGGAUUUCACGAAGCUGUCGGUGAGGCGAUCGCGCUGAGCGUCGCGACACCGCGGCACAUGCAGACCCUAGGAUUAGCGAACAAAUAUAUAGACGAUGGCGAAGCAGAUAUGAAUUACCUUUUCUCAGUUGCGAUGGAAAAACUUGUACUUUUGCCCUUCAGUAUUUCAAUGGACAGAUGGCGAUGGGACGUUUUCAGAGGGACCACUUCCAAGAAUAAUUUCAACUGCGAGUGGCAUCGACUCAGAGAACAAUACAUGGGAAUCAAACCACCCGUUCUCAGAUCUGAAGACGAUUUUGACCCUGGAUCAAAAUACCACAUACCAGCAAACAUCCCCUACAUCAGAAAUUUUGUAGCUGGGGUUUUGCAGUUCCAAAUAUACCGGUCCCUUUGCCAAGCAGCAGGUCAAAGAUUCCCAAAUGAUCCAAGAAAGCCUCUUCACAGAUGCGAUUUUUACAGAAGCACCGAAGCAGGCAGAGUAUUAGGGAGAUUAAUGGAAAAAGGUUCCUCAGUUCCGUGGCAGCAGACUCUGGAGGAAGCAACAGGACAAUUUAGAUUAGACGGUGAAGCUCUUAGAGAAUACUUCAGGCCCCUGGAGGAAUGGCUCAGGGGGGAAAAUUUGCGAACUGGAGAACUCGUUGGAUGGACUUACGACGGUGACUACUGCAAGCGAAGUAUAGGAACUGCAGGUCUACAGGUGUAUGGUGCCGGCUUCUAUUUCAACUCUGCAACUUCGUUAAAAAAUAGUAGCAUCUUGGCGAGUAUCACAUUAUUAGGGAUCAUCUUCCUCACUACCUUACUCUCCUAAAACCCUCCAAAUCAUUCGAAAAUAAAAAAUAUUUGAUAUUUUCUCAUAAUUCAGAGAACCUCCUUUGACUGAAAGCAUCCCUCUGAAUGAACGAAUUAAUUUCCGUUUCUUCUGUCGAAAACAAUGAUUGGGCGUAUGGGCCAUAAUGGGUAGGGUCGGAAUGCGGAACGAAUCCCAUGAGCAAGGUGUGCAUGCAUAUUGUACAGAUCGCGACAUUAAUUCUGUCGUAAGCUACCUGCUGUUAGAGGUGUUAUUACUUCUCCCUGGAGAGACAACUUGAAUUUGCCUUUAUUCGCAUUUUUUCUGACCAAAGAAAGAACAGUAGAUGUAAAUCUAUACCUCUAUGUUGAAAGAAAAACUUCUUUGGAGAAUAAGUCUAAAAAGACCACUCUGGAGUUAGACGUCGAAAUGAACUACUCUACUUUGAACCUUAAUAAAUAUUUUAGAUUCUAUGAAUUCUCUAAAUUCUUGGAAUCUGAUGAAUUCUCUGAAUUCUCUUAAUUUGGUGAAUACCACAAAGUCUUCAAAUUCCUUGAAUUCGUCUAAUUACACGAAUUCUCUUAAUUCCAUGAAAACUCUCGAUUCCGCGAAUUCUCCAAAUUCCAUGAAUUCUCCAGAAAUUCCAUAAAUUCUUCAAAUUCCAUGAAUUCUUUCAGUUUACUGACUUCUCUAAAUUCCAUGAAUUCUUUAAAUCUGGUGAAUUCUCACAAUUCCAUGAAUACACUGAAUGCCACAAAUUCAUGAAAUUCCUUGAAUUCUCCAAAUUCCAUAACAUCUCCAUAAAUUACAUAAGCUCUUCAAAUUCCAUGAAUAGUCUCAAUUUACUGUAUUCUCUGAAUUCCAUGAAUUCUCUAAAUCUGGCGAAUUCUCUCAAUUCCAUUAAUACACAUAAUGUCACAAAUAUAUGAAAUUCCUUAAAUUCUUGAAAUUAUACAAAUUCUCCUAAUUCGAUGAACUCUCUAAACUCCAUGAAUUCUCCAAAUUCCAUGAAUUCUCUAAAUUCCAUGAAUUUUCUGAAAUCACUAAAUUCUUUAAAUUGUAUGAAACCUCUAAACA